AUGGUGGCGUACUGGCGACAGGCGGGGCUCAGUUACAUCCGGUAUUCCCAGAUCUGCGCCCAGGUUGUUAGAGCGGCAAUGAAGCCUCAGUACAAAGCAGAAGCAGAGAGGGCGGCAAUGGCCACUGUGAAAACUGUGAAACCCAAGAAGGACUAA